CCUCCACUCCCCCCGUUCCCCAAUGUCCCUCCAUCCCCACACUGUCCCCUCCACUCCCACACUGUCUCUCCAUCCCCACACUGUCCCUCCAUCCCCAUGCUAUUCCCCCAUCCCUAUGCUGUCCCAUCAAACUCCCACGCCACCCCUGGAUACCAAAAUGCCCCACCACAUGAACACUGUUUCCCCCAUACUCUCCAUGUCCCCCCAUUCUCCCCAUGUCCCUCUGUCCCACUCUGUCACUGCACUGUCCCCCCAUCCCCAUGUUGUCCUGCCCAUCCCCACACUGUCCUGCCCAUCCCCACGCUGUCCCCCCCACCCCCACACUGUCCCACCAGAAUCCCACACCCUCCCUGGACACCAGAACGCCCCACCACACAGUCCCCGUCCCCCCAUGCCCCCCAUUCCCCCAUGUCUCUCCAUCCUCACAGUCCCUCCAUCUCCACACUGUCCCCCCAUCUCCACACUGUCCCUUCCAUCCCCACACUGUCCCACCAGAAUCCCACACCCUCCCUGGAUACCAGAACGCCCCACCACACAGUCCCUGUUCCCCCAUAUCCCCCCGUUCCCCAAUGUCCCCCCCAUCCCCAUGCUGUCCCCCCCAUCCCCACACUGUUCCCUCAUUCCCCCAUGUCCCUCCAUCCCCACGCUGUCCCCUCCAUCCCCACGCUGUCCCCUCCAUCCCCACACUGUCCCCUCUAUCCCCACGCUGUCCCCUCCAUCCCCACACUGUCCCCUCCAUCCCCACACUGUCCCCUCCAUCUCCACGCUGUCCCCUCCAUCCCCACACUGUCCCCCCAUCUCCACCCUGUCCCACCAAGCUCCCACCCCCCCGGACACCAGACGGCCCCACCACCCGACCCCCGUGCCCCGUUCCCCCAUCCCCGCUCCGUCUCCCCCCUCCCGCAGCCCUCCCGGCCCCGCCCCGCGGGGGCUGAUGUAACCGCGGUCCCCCCCGCCCCGCGGCCGGUCCCGCCCGGCGCACACUCCGCGGGCUGUGUGCGAGCGGAGCGCACCCAGCCAUGUGCCCGUGCGCGCUGCGCGGCCCCCCCGCGCCCUGCAGCCCCUGCGGGCCCGGCCGCGCCGCCCGGCCCGAGGCCGCCGCCCGCCGGGUCGCCGCCCGCCUGCGCCGCCUGGGCGAUGAGCUGGAGCAGCGGCGCAAGGCGCGGGGCCGCGGGCCCUCGGCCGCCCGCCGCCUGGCCGCCGUGGCGGGGCUGCUCUGCGCGCUCACGCCCGCGGCCGCGCUGGCCUGGCUGAUCCGCAGGAGGAGCCUCUAGGGAGAGCGGCGCCGCACGGAGCGGGGAGCAGGCGGGACGCGCAACAGGCUGGAGCAAACCCUGUGCCCUUGGAGAAAAUUGUUUCCCCUUUUCCUCCAGGGAAAAUCCAGAGCCCGAGCAGCAGCUGUGAAAAGGGGUGGAGAGAUAAAGAAAAGAAGUUGGGGAGAUGCUGGAAGUGCUUUGGGCGACGUGAAAAGAAGGAUUUUGCACGGAAAGGAGCUGUUCAAGGGCCCAGCAGCAAAACCAGAGACACACACACAAAAAAAAAUGCUUAUAUAUAGAAGAAUGUAAACCCUCCUGUAAGCAGAGUUGCCCGUGCAUGCCUCGUGGUGAGAACGUAAGCGACAUUCCCUGUAGUGCCGGCGGUGUAUCCCGGGCCGGGGGGGAUCUCCUCCCGGGCUGGGGGUCUCCCCGCUGGAACACCGCCCCUGCUCCUGGGGCAGGAGGAGCGCUGCCCUGUCCGUGCCGAGUAACGACCCCUUGGAAUGCCGGGCUGGCGGCGGGGAGUGUGUAAAUAUUGACGCUCCGGCACCAGGGGGGAUCGGCUUUUUUUUUCUUUUUUUCCUCUGACUUUAGUUUCUCUGGUGCUACGUUUUAAAUAUUUGGCCGGGGCUAAACUGCCUCUCUCUCUCUGUGGUGCUACGGUUUCCCCCCCCUCAAGAGGAUGUUCAGAAGCGUGGGACGAGGAAAGAUCUAUUUUGGUUAUUGAUAUUUAUACACAAGAUAGCAAAAAAAAAAAAAAAGAAAUAAUAAGACUUGUUGAGAAGGUGC